CAUGGCUGCGGGGCUCGUGAGCGCCUUCCUCACCCUCCUCUUCCUCCCAGCGGUCCGGCCCUGGGGGGUGCUGGAGCUUCGGGUGCUGUCGGCGCGGGGGGGGGCGGGGGGGCCCCUCGUGUUCCGCCUCUGCCUGCGCCCUCCCGGGGGGGGCGGCUGCUCCCUGGGGGUCACCCAGAGCCCCCCCCGGCCCCCCCCCCCCCCCGGAGCGCCCCGGACCCUGCGCCUGCCCCUUGCCUACCCCUGGCCGCGCACCGUGUCCCUCACCAUCGAGUCCUGGCGGCUGGAGGAGGCCGAAGGCUCUGGGGCCCCCUGCCGCCGCCUCCUUGGCCGCGCCGUGACCCGGGAGCGCCUCUCCCCGGGGGGGCCGUGGCGGGGGGGGGCGGGGGGGGGGCUCCGCUUUGGGACCCGCCUGCGCUGCCGCCCCUCCCCCACCUGCAGAGACCCCGCCCCCCCCCGCUGCUGGAGCCCCCCCCGCCGUCGGUGUCGGGAUCCCUGCGCCCCCCCUGGAGGCAGCGCCUGCAGCAAGGGGGGGCCCUGCGCGGGUCACGGCAGCGACUCCCCAGGGCCCCACUGCGACGGCCCCAGCCCAGUCCGGGCAAUGGGAAUGGCACCGGGAAUGGUACCGGGAACACCGGGAAUGGCUCUGGGACACCGGGAAUGGCACCGGGAACACCGGGAGCCUCCGGAAGCUCCGGGAUCGCCCCCUCCGGCCCCGCUCCCCCUGGAGCCGUCCCCGUGCGCCCUCGGGCCCUGCUUCAACGGCGGCGCCUGCGCCCCCCGCGGCAGCGGCUUCUCCUGCAGGUGCCCCCCCGGCUUCCGCGGGGCCAACUGCGAGCGGCGGAGCGACGGCUGCGCUCUGCAGCCCUGCCUGCACGGCGGGCAGUGCCGCCCCUCUCCCUCCGGGUCCCCCCUGUGCCGCUGCCGCCCGGGCUUCCGCGGCCGCCGCUGCGAGCGGAACGUGGACGAGUGCAGCCCGAACCCGUGCGCCAACGGCGGCACGUGCCAGGACGGCGCCAACGCCUUCCGCUGCGCGUGCACGCUGGGCUACGGCGGCCGCCGCUGCCAGGAGCGCGCCGACGCCUGUGCCUCGGGGCCCUGCCUCCACGGCGCCACGUGCUACACGCACAUUUCCGGUCACGUGUGCGCCUGCGCUCAGGGCUUCAUGGGCGCGCUCUGCGAGGAGCCCGUGCCGGCCCCGCCCCUGCCCGGCGCGCGCGCGCCGCGGGGGCGCGCCCCGCCCGCCCUCGCCCUCGCCCUGGCCCUCGGGGGCGCGCUCCCCGCGGCCGCGCUCGGGGCGGCGCUGGGGCUGGCGGCGUGCGGGAGGAGGAGGAGGAGCGCGGGAGGGAGGUGA